AUGGGGAACGCAGAGAGCAUGGAGAGCCAACUGGCCGUCAUCCGGUCCAGAGCCGCACCGGUCCGACUCCCGAUGCCCGACCCGUCUGAGCUGGAGGAGAGGUUCUCUAUCGCUCUGAAUUCGAUGAAUCUGCCUCCUGACAAGGUGCGUCUGUUGCGUUCCUAUGACAACGAGAAGAAGUGGGAGCUGAUCUGUGAUCAGGAGCGGUUCCAGGUGAAGAACCCUCCACACACUUACAUCCAGAAGCUUCGCGGCUUCCUCGACCCAGCUGUCACACGCAAGAAGUUCAGAAGGAGGGUCCAGGAGUCAACUCAGGUGCUCAGAGAACUAGAGAUUUCUCUACGCACUAAUCACAUCGGGUGGGUCAGAGAGUUUCUGAAUGAGGAGAAUCGAGGUCUGGAUGUUCUGGUUGAAUAUUUAUCGUUCGCUCAGUAUGCCGUCACGUUUGAUGGCGAGCAGCUGGAGGCUGGAGGAGACGUGUCGUCCAUCGACUCUCCCUGGAGUCGGUCCAUAGAGGAUCUCCAUGGUGACUGCAGCCUUCCUUCCCCAUCCUCCUCUGCACCCAGAGCAGCGCGACACUCCAUCAGCUCGACGCUGGUGACUCGCUCCAACACGCUGCCGAGUCGCCGCACUCUGAAGAAUUCACGACUCGUCUGUAAGAAAGACGACGUCCACGUCUGCGUCAUGUGUCUCCGAGCCAUCAUGAACUACCAGUACGGAUUCAACAUGGUCAUGUCUCAUCCUCACGCUGUCAAUGAAAUCGCCCUGAGUCUCAACAACAGGAACCCCCGGACGAAGGCUCUAGUGUUGGAGUUGCUGGCAGCAGUGUGUUUGGUUAGAGGAGGACACGAGAUCAUCCUGUCUGCCUUUGACAAUUUUAAGACGGUGUGUUCAGAGUCGAUGCGAUUUGAGAAGUUGAUGGAACAUUUCAAGAAUGAAGACGACAACAUCGACUUCUUGGUGGCCUGCAUGCAGUUCAUCAACAUCGUGGUUCACUCAGUGGAAGAUAUGAACUUCAGAGUCCAUCUACAGUACGACUUCACCAAACUGAACCUGGACGAACACCUGGAGAGGUUGAAGCACACAGAGAGCGACAGACUGCAGGUGCAGAUUCAAGCAUACCUGGACAACGUGUUCGACGUGGGGACGCUGCUGGAGGAUGCCGAGACAAAAACUGCUGCUCUGGAGAGAGUGGAGGAGCUGGAGGAGAACCUGACCACGAUGUCAGAGCGUCUGCUGGAUGUAGAGAAUGAAGCGAUGCUGAAGAUCGUUGAACUGGAGAAACAGCUGAUGCAGACCAACAAGGAGCUGGACAACAUGCGGGAGGUGUACACCAGCGCCAACACACAGGUGCACACUCUGCGGCGGAUUGUUCGGGAGAAGGAUCAGACCAUCCGGCGUCAGAGUCGUCUAGAGCGUCAGGCCCAGGAGGCCCAGCAGGCAGGGGGCCCUGGAGCUCCUCAACCCCAGAGAGGAGAGGGUGACGGGGGCGUGGCCGACUCUGCCUCCCCCUCUCCUCCUCCCUGCCCCAACCUCUCCCCCAGCCCUGAGACCGUAGCCUAUCACAGCAUGGGACCAGGGAUGGGUGGAGCUCCAGAUAUGCCAGUCCCGCCUCCUCCUCCUCCUCCACCUCCAAUGCUGGGAACCAGUGAGUUGCCCAAUGGGCCGUACCCUGCCCCUCCCCCCCCUGCUCCUCCUCCUCCCCCCCCUCCACCGCCUCCACCUUGUCGGACCAGUGAGCUCUCUUCCUCUGUCCCCAUGCCCCCCCCUCCUCCCCCUGUUGCUCCCCCUCUGCCGGGGUCAGGGGGAUCCCCCACCGUCAUCUUUAACUCCGGAUUGGCAGAGGGUCCACUCAAGUUAUUCUCGGUGAAGAUUAAGAAGCCGAUCCAGACGAAGUUCCGGAUGCCGGUGUUGAACUGGGUCGCUCUGAAGCCGAGUCAGAUCAACGGGACUGUCUUCAAUGACAUUGAUGAUGAGGCCAUUCUGCAGGACCUGGACAUGGAGGGCUUUGAGGAGCUGUUUAAGACGAAGGCUCAGGGUCCGGCCGUGGACCUGACUCUGUCCCGACAGAAGCUUCCUCAGAAAGCUCCAUCCAAAGUGUCUCUGCUGGAGGCCAACAGAGCCAAGAACCUGGCGAUCACUCUGCGGAAGGCGGGCCAGGGGUCAGAGGUCAUCUGCCGCGCCAUCCAAAUGUUCGACCUGCGGACGGUUCGAGUGGACUUUGUGGACUGUCUGAUGCGUUUCCUGCCGACGGAGGCCGAGGUCAAAAUGCUACGGCAAUACGAAAGGGACAGAAAACCUCCGGAGGCACUGAGUGAUGAAGACCGCUUCAUGAUGCAGUUCAGCCGCAUCGAGAGGCUCAACCAGCGCAUGGCCAUCAUGACCUUCAUGGGAAACUUCUGUGAUAACGUGCAAAUGUUAACCCCGCAACUGCACGCCGUCAUCGCUGCUUCAGUUUCUAUCAAAUCGUCUCAAAAACUGAAGAAAAUCCUGGAGAUCAUCUUGGCUCUUGGGAACUACAUGAACAGCAGUAAGAGAGGAGCGGUGUACGGAUUCAAACUGCAGAGUUUAGACCUGCUCCUGGAGACGAAGUCGACAGACAGGAAGCAGACGUUGCUUCAUUACAUCUCUAACGUGGUGAGACAGAAAUAUCCGACAGCGUCUCUUUUCUACAACGAGCUUCACUACGUGGACAAGGCUGCUGCAGUGAGUCUGGAGAACGUGCUGUGUGAUGUGAAGGAGCUGCAGCGCGGCAUGGAGCUCACCUGGAGAGAGUUCAGCGUGCAGCACAACGCGACACUCAAAGACUUCAUCAGCAGGAACGAAUCACGACUCACCAAACUGCAGGAGGACGCACGCAUUGCACAGGACGCAUUUGAAGACGCGGUGAAGUUUUUUGGGGAGAGCUCUAAGACGAUGCCGCCGUCCGUCUUCUUCCCGAUCUUCGUCCGCUUCAUCAAAGCUUACAGGUUGGUAGAGGAGGAGAAUGAGCAGAGGAGGCGUCAGGAGCAGAUGCUGCUUGAGAAACUAGAACAGGAGGAGCAGCAGGAGGAGGAGGAGACCAAGUCUCCAUCCCACAGGGGUAAACGGCAGCAGCAGGAGCUGCUCACAGAGCUGAGACGACGACAAGGAAAAGACAGCCGUCAUGUUUAUGAAGGAAAGGACGGAGCGAUAGAGGACAUCAUCACAGCUCUGAAGACCGUCCCCUUCACGGCUCGAUCAGCCAAACGCAGCUCUCGUUUUUUCUGUGACCCCGCCCACUCUGAGGAGCACUACUGA